AUGAGCUUUGCUCUUCUGGGCGCUCGUUGUUUUAUAGGCUUUCUCAUAUUAAGUCGAAAGAGUUUAGGUAAGACUUUCAAAGAAACUCUCGACGGGAGAAUUGAGUCUAUUCAGGAAUCAUUGCAGCAAUUCUUCAAUCCUAACGAAGUCAUUCUGGAGGAAUCCAAUGAACAACAACGAUUACUUAAUCUACGGAUCAGCUUGCGAAUUUGCAGCACCAUAAAUGUAGUAGAAUCAUUAUCAGCGGCACGCUGUGCGCCUAAGUGCGAAAAGACAGUGCAAGCUUUGUUAUGCCAAAACCUAAAUCUCAAGUCAGCAACACUUCUAAAUGCCACUUCUUCCCGUCGCAUCCGUCUUCAGGACGAUAUAGUCACAGGUUUUCACUUUUCAGUGAGUGAAAGAUUUGUAUCCGGGUCUACAACUUUGGUAGAAGCUUCUACCGUAGAACAAAUUCGAGAGGCCUUCUUAUUAGAACCCAGAGACCUACUUCGAGAAGGCUUUAUUGUCCUAAGAAACGAAUUCUUUGAUUCACUUUUUGAAUUUAAGUAA